ACAAUAAAUAUCUUACUCCAUACUUUGAGUAUAUCUUACAAAAGAUUACAAUAAUGGGUAUGUUUUAAAAUAAUAAAUUGCGGGAAAGUGAAGUUAGUAUUAAACAAUGGUCAUCCGUAAGGGAUCCCAAAAAUUUGGACAAACUAGUAUUAGCGUCCAACGUCACAAACUUUUGGAGCAAACGGUACAAUACCCUGACUCUGAUUCCAAGAUAAUGGUAGAUGGUAUUUUCGUCUCCAUGUUGCUCUUUGUUUCUGUUUCCUACCAAAAUCUCAAUCCCCCUUCGCCGGGAUUCUUCAAUUCUCUACAAUUUCUUCAUCCAGUCAAGAACCCAAUACCCACUUCUUCUUCUUCUUCGCUCAUUUCACCUGAUCCGUCCAUGUGCAGCAUCAGAGGCGCUUGUUUCAGAUUUACUGAUCGCUGUUAAAUCUUGCACUUCCAUCUCCAAUUGCCGGGAAAUUCAUGCCCGAGUAUUCAAAUCUUUGCUUUAUAGAGAUGGGUUCAUUGGGGAUCAGCUGGUUACUUGUUAUAAUAAACUGGGCUAUGCUGAAGAUGCACAGAAGCUGUUUGACGAUAUGCCUCAUAAAGAUUUGGUUUCUUGGAACUCACUGAUUUCUGGUUUUUCUCGGUGUCUUCAUAUGACUCUCACAGCAUUUUAUACCAUGAAGUUUGAGAUGUCAAUUAAACCCAAUGAGGUCACAAUUUUGUCGAUGAUAUCAGCUUGCAAUGGAGCUUUGGAUGCAGGGAAGUAUAUUCAUGGUUUUGCAAUUAAAGUUGGUGGUACUUUGGAGGUUAAGGUUGCUAAUUCUCUCAUUAACAUGUAUGGAAAGUCUGGAGACUUAACAUCAGCUUGUAGAUUAUUUGAGGCCAUUCCAGACCCGAAUACAGUGUCGUGGAAUUCAAUAAUUGCUGCUCAAGUUACUAAUGGCUGUGCACGAGAAGGAAUUGAUUUUUUUAAUAAGAUGAGAAGGUUUGGAAUUGAGCAGGAUGAAGGAACUAUCCUGGCCCUGCUUCAAGCUUGCCUACAUUUGGGUGUAGGAAAAUUGGCAGAAAGCAUUCAUGCUUUAAUGUUCUGCACUGGUUUUGGCGCAAAAAUCACCAUAGCAACUGCACUUUUAGAUACCUAUGCGAAAUUGGGAAGAUUAAGUGCUUCAUGUGACGUCUUUAGGGAGGUGGGUUUUGCAGACAGAGUUGCUUGGACUGCCAUGCUUGCAGGAUAUGCUGCACAUGGAUUAGGUAGGGAAGCAAUCAAGCUUUUCGAGAGCAUGGUCAAUGAAGGUUUGGAGCCUGAUCAUGUGACUUUUACUCAUUUGCUUAGCGCAUGUAGUCAUUCAGGGCUAGUCAACGAGGGGAAAAGUUACUUCAAUGUGAUGUCUGAAGUGUAUGGAAUUGAGCCCAGGGUAGAUCAUUAUUCAUGUAUGGUUGAUCUACUCGGUCGCUGCGGACUUUUGAAUGAUGCUUAUGAGGUGAUACGAAACAUGCCCAUGGAGCCUAAUGCUGGUGUGUGGGGUGCGCUUCUCGGUGCUUGUAGGGUUCAUGGUAACGUUGAACUUGGUAAGGAAGUUGCAGAGCAUUUGAUUAAUUUGGAACCUUUGGACCCCAGAAACUAUAUCAUGUUAUCAAAUAUAUAUUCCGCAUCUCGUUCUUGGAAGGAUGCUGCCAAAAUGAGGGCCUUGCUAAAGGAGAGAGGUCUGAAAAGAACCCCAGGAUGUAGCUCCAUUGAAUAUGGAAACAAGAACCACCACUUCUUCGUGGGCGAUCGAUCUCACCCUGAGACGGAGAAGAUCUAUUCCAAGCUUGAAGAAUUGCUCGGAAAAAUAAAGAAAGCUGGAUAUAGUUCCAAAACAGAAUAUGUUCUGCAAGACGUUGAAGAGGAAGUCAAGGAGGAUAUGAUAAACAAGCACAGCGAGAAGUUAGCCAUUGCUUUUGGGCUUUUGGUGAGUAAAGAAGGUGAACCUUUAAUCAUAACAAAGAAUCUUAGAAUUUGUGGAGAUUGUCACAGCACUGCAAAGCUCAUAUCAUUGAUUGAGAAGCGUACCAUUAUUAUCCGGGAUCCAAAACGCUUUCACCAUUUCUCUGAUGGAUUCUGUUCUUGUGCAGAUUACUGGUAAGUUCUUACUGUGCUUCGUAAUGGUGCUAAUGCGUAUUUAUACCAUACAUAGAGCUAACCCAUGUGCAUCAUAACCAUAUUCUUUGUUAAGUUUUGCUAAUUUAAUACGGUUUUCGGUCUGAUGUAUCAUAGCUUGAUUUAGGCUUCUCUUAUAUUGUUCAUUACGUCAUAAAAAUAAGUAUGAUCGUAGGCUUGAUACAACCUACAAAAGUAAUGUUUUCAAUUGGACACUAUUUAUAAUCCAGUAGUCAGUUCAUAAGUUCCUUAGAAAAUGACUUUUAAUAACUAUGAGUUUGGUUCUGUUAGCCGGUUAGGUGCAAAAACUCUCAAUCAUAUUGUUUAUGACUUCGUGCUUUAUUUUACCUAUGAGGUUUUGGUUUUAUCCUGACUCAAGUUCUACACAAACGAUUCCAAAUCAAAGUUGAUAGAUAUGAGUUAAGUUUGUAAUAUAAUAUCAACUAAACUCUUGAACUCCAAAACUUGAGAACUUGAAAAGAAUAUAAUUAUUGAUAACAAAAUUCACUAUGGACCAUUCUACAAUAUAGGCUGUAAUAGGUACAAUUUUCGGUUGAAGCUUUAAUGUGUUAGGUACCCAUAAAACCUCUUUUCCCCCUUCCAAACCCAAGCAUGUGAGGAAAGGCAAAAUGAUUCAAAACCCCACCAUCUUAUUUUAUUUUAUUUUAUUGUUCUUUAUUUAGAUCCUAAAUUUUUUUCUGCAAAUGAAAUAUAAACACUUAAUUCUUAAAUCUUAAAUUUUUAUGACAAUCUAUCGAAAAAAAACUGGGGUAUUCAUUUUUUUGAUUUGUUCAUGACCAUUUUUGUCGUUACUUUAGAAAAAUUUUGGCUAACAAAUAAUUAACAAUAUUCUAAAUUGAUUCAUUAUGAAAUUCUAAGAUUUGAAGUAAAUAUUAGUUUGAUAUUUUGAGGGAUACAAAUGUAGAAGUUUAGUGGCAUAUAUAGGUUUGUUUUCGUACACAUUAAGCAUGUAAUUUGGAUCCAUCUUAAAAAUAGAAUAAUUGUCCAUGAAAAUGUGAAAAUAUUUUCUUAAACCAAGAGUCUAUCCAGACUAGUAAGGAGAACUAAUUAAGGCAGGAAAAAAAUAUGUUUGAAUAAAAAGGAAAAAGUAAAAAACCAUCCUUUGUGGUGAGCUGUUGACGUGAUGUUCAAAUAGAAUUUCAAUUCCUAUCAAGUUAAUCGAAUGAAAACUCACAUAAUUGUGGUGCUUCACUUUAAAACUUAUACCAUGUGUUCGUAAUAGAAUAAUAGAAAUAAAAAAGUGAAUUACUUUUGGUAUUGUUUAAUUGUGUUAUCAAUUGUAUAGACAUAAUGAAUCCAUAUUCAAAAUGCAAAGAAAAUAAUGCAAUAUGAUUGAUAAUUUGAGAACACUCAAAGCAAUUACAUGCAUCGUUAUUGUUAUGGCUAGGAUUAUUGUUAUUGUUACAAUUGAUUUUUUUUUUUUUUUUUUAAUUUUACAUUUUUAGAAUUAUGAUACCGAUUGAUCCUUAACUUUUAGAGGCAGAGGUAACAGUAAUAAUAACAGUAAAUUUUACAAAAUUCAUAAUUUUAAGUAUAUGUAAUGAAAAAAGAUCUAAUUACAUUUAUAAUCGAAGCUUAUUACCAUUGAUCUAUCUAUAAAAUUUUAUUACGAUUGCAUCAAUUUUCAUUUUGUUUAAUACCAAAAGGUGAGGGUGAGCGUUUCUAUGGAAUGGUCUUAAAAGAGAUGAGUAACACCAUGACCCCCUUUCUACCAUGUAAUCCAGUAGACAGUAGAUUAGACAUUGACAUGAGCCCAAGUUGUCUGAGCUCGUCCUCGUCAAUGUUGACCUUAGCUAGUUUCGAGCCGCGAGUUCGAACACAUGCUUGUAGUCAUUUUAUCACACAGCAAGUCUUGAUUUACUGAUUUUAAGUGGAACCGUGUAACUCUGCAAUUAGACACUAGAACUUCUUUCCACCAUUUAAUGACAAAACUCUGUUUCUAUAGAAUUACCUCACCGAACCGAUCACGCAUAGAUAAAUUCCAUCCCACUUCUUAACAAAACAACCGGCAAGAGAAAAAGGAAGAUAAAAAAUAAAUAAAAAAUUUACCGACCGCCCCCACUGCCCUUAAGAAUUUUACACACGGCUGGGAGGAUAGACAUCCGAUCCGAUAAUGAAACAGAGCCCCUGACUUGUCGGAUAAACCUCCACCGAACCCAUUUCAAUCAAUCCGACCCAUAAAAUAGUACAUCCUUUCGAAUAUUCCUCUGCUAUUUCUCAUCCGACCCCACCUCUUCUCUCCAUUUUAAACCCGCAAAAUCCAUAACUCUUCGACUUGGAACUUUUCAUUAUGAACUGCUCUUCUUCUUCUUCUCUCUCCGACCAACUUCACCUCCUUGGUAAAGUCGAGGUUUUUAGACUCCAUGGUCGUGAUAAGGCUGGCAGGAAUGUCCUCCUCAUUGUCGGAAAAUACUUUCCAGCGCGGUUUGUAAGCAGUCAGGCCGUGAAUGUCUAUUUGAAGGAUAAGAUUUUCCCUCUCCUUAAAGAUGGGCCUUUCACGGUGGUGUACAUUCACACUGAUGUUCAUUGGACAGAGAAUUGUCCUGGAAUUUCAAAUCUCAAGGCAAUCUAUGAGGCCAUUCCAAUCACCAUUAAGAACAACAUUGAAGCUGUUUAUUUCCUCCACCCUAGCUUGCAAACCCGUGUGUUUUUUGCCACCGUCGGCCGCCUCAUGCUUGACGCCGAGUUGUAUAACAAGGUGAAAUAUGUGAAAAGAGUGGAGUUUCUUUGGGAACACGUUAGAAGGAAAGAGAUGGAGUUACCUAAGUUUGUGUAUGAUCAUGAUGAGAAAUUGGAGUUCUGUCCUGUGAUGGACUCUGAUUUGGAGAAUGAUUAUCUCAGGGUUUUCUCCCCUUCGCCGUCUUUGAAUUCUGGGGUGUCUACGUAUUCCAUGAGGUGUUUUGCUUGAUGAAAUGAAGACUCAAAGAUGGGGUUGGGGAUACAGGGGUCUUUUUUGGUUUUGUUGUAGGAGUUUUUUUCUUUUUUUUUUCCUCUUUGGUAGUAAUGGCAGAAAAUAUUGCUAAGUGUUGUAGACUUUCUGUAGUAGGCAAAGGGAAAAAGGUUAAUGGGCUUUCCUUGUGAAGAAAGGAAGAGUUAAUACUUCACAGGAAAAGCAGUGAAUAGGUUUAAAUGAAGUUACUCUGUAAUAAAAUAUAUGUUCAUGGCAUAUUUGAAAAUGGCAUGUACUGAAAUAUAAAUAAAAUGAACAGGAUUUAACUUUUGACCUCA